AUGAAACUUUGGCUAAGCCGUCUCAAGAGUGUUGUGUAUGAUAUAGAUGAUCUCUUGGAUGAGGUGGCCUUUGAUGCUUUGCAACGCCGUGUAAAUGAAGGCCAUUUUCUCCGCCAGCUUUGGUACUAUCUGUCCUCUUCAAAUCCUUUGAUUUUCUCUUUUAAUUUGAGUCGCAAAGUAGGAGACCUCAGGGAAAAUGUUGAAAGAAUUGUGGCUAUGAAUAAUGAUUUUCGUUUGACUGAGCGUCCGGUUGAACGCUCAGUUGAUGAUGACAAAAGGAUCGGGAUGGGUAGGAUUGGGAAAACAGCAUUAGCUAAGUUGGUGUAUUAUGAUGUCAAUGAUUUUGAUGUCGAAGUUAUGGGGAGUAUAAUUUUGUGCACCACAAGAAAUAGACAAGUUGCUUCUCGUAUUGGAACCAUUGUGGCAUAUGACUUGAACUAUCUUCCAGAUGAUUUUUGUUGGUCUCUAUUCAAGCAACAUGCAUUCUACGAAGGAGAACGCAACUAUCAAAAUCUUCAGGAGAUUGGUUGGUCUAUUGUCAAAAAAUGUGGUGGCAUCCCACUUAUUGAUAGGAGUCUUUCUACCAACUUUGUUCCAUAUAUGUGGAGCGCACUUGGGUUGUUGCCCCAACACGAAGAUAUUGAAGCCUCCGGAUACUCUUACUUCAUGAAACUGGUAUCAAAUUCCCUUGUUCAAGUACCAAUUAGUCAUUAUAAUGGGAUUUAUUGCGCGUCUAAAAUGCAUAGUAUUUUGCAUCAUCUGGCUGUGAAAAUCUUAGGUGAAGAGUUGGCUGUUGUAACUUUUGAUAAGCUAGCAGUUACAGAAUUUACUAGGCAUAUUGUUUGGGGACGAUGUUCUGAGACUUCUGACAGUUUUAAAAAUAAGAUAUUUCCCCAACAGCUUCGCAUAGCCCGGAAUGCUCCAACAUUUCGAUUUGGAGAUACCAUGAAAAAGAGGACUAACAUCAUAUCAAUGUGGGAUGAUGCUAAUGUCGGGCACCUCAGUUCCCUCCGAACGUUGAAUAUCAUUGAUUGUCCAAAACUGACAUGUCUUCCAAACAAUAUAAAAUCCCUUCGAGAUAUACAAUUGAGAAAUUGUGAAUCGCUAAAUCUGGAGAAGGGAGAGGGUCUUCAAGGCCUUUGUAGCCUUCAUGUAUUGAGCAUCGAGAACCUGAAAUUGGUAAGACGACUGCCAAUUGGUCAGACAACUGCAGCUUCUCUUAAACAACUUAUAAUAAGAGACUGUAGUAGUUUGAUUGAGCUUCCAGCAGAUCGGUUUACCUCUCUCAAAGAAAUUUCAAUCUCCGAUUGUCCUAAUCUGUCUUCUUUGCCUACCACAUUUCGUCAUCUCACUUCUCUACAAAGGCUAUAUAUUGAGCGAUGCUCUCUCCUGUCAACAAGAUACAAUGCACCAAAUGGAAAGGACUACUCACUUGUACGACACAUCCCCGGAUUCCGGAUUACAUGGUAA